AUGCGCACGUUCAGUCGUACGGCGCGGAUCACCUCGAGCGCGGCUUGCGUAGGUCGAUUUGAGCACCAAGGAGUGUCGCGUGACGCGGUGCUUGCGCGGUGGAGCUUACAAGUGGUCAAACCUAACGCGAUGAAGACUGGAGGCCUAAUCGGCAAGGGCAUGAAGUUUGCCUCCCCUCUCGGUCCCAGCGGUUGGGCGACGCGAAACAGUGGUACAGGUUCAACGGUGCUUGAUGUAAACUGGGACUUGCGCGAGCGGAUGGAUUAUUAUGUGCACUACAGCGUACCCUCUACCUGGACGGUGGUGGAGCAUGUGAGUGACAACAGUGUUGCAAUUCAGAGCAAACCACCUGUUUGCGAUAGUCCCGGAGCUGAAGGGCCAACUGUUCACGGGUUCUCUCUCAAUUGCUUCGCCUACAAGCAAAAGGUCAAGGAGCCUGACUGUGAGAAGUUGCUGAGCUUGUUCUUACAUCGCUUCGACGCGUCUGUCUCAAAUUCAUUGGCUGUUUUAUCGAAGGCAUCAGGCCGUGGCAACGGCGUUAUAUGCGGCACUGCGAAACCCGAGCAGGACAUUAGCGAAGUGUUGGCUAACAGACUAGAAUGUGCGGUGGCUGAGAUUACGUUUACACCAGCUGUCGGGGAGCCAUUAGCGCAUGGUCUCUGCCGUGCUUUUUACAACUCGAACCGUAGAUUUCAUUAUGUCGUUGUUGUUGCAGUACCGGAAGAUGAGUUCACGUUGUCAAAAGAUCUUCUCACCCAUGCACUCCUCGCGGUUGUUGAGAGUCGAGUUGAGGCGGCGCCCAAAGGCACGUGA